CUCCGCGCCUCCCGGCGCCUGCGCGCGGCGCGUCCGGGCGGAUCCGGCGGAAGCGCCGCGAAGGUUCCGGGGCCGCGAUGGCUCCGGACCCCUGGUUGCCGCUGCUCGCCGCCGCUCGCCAGCUCGCCCAGGACAUCGCCGAGAAGCUGCAGGAGCGGAGCCGCUGCCAGCGGAGCGGGGACAGCUCGGCCAAGGUGAACGUGGCCAUCAGGACCUCGCUGCAGAGCCUCAGGGAGAAGAUUGAGCAGCUGAGGGAGCAGCUGCUGCGGGCGGUGUCCACACGGCAGAUCACACAGCUGGAGGGGGACAGGAGGCAGAACCUGGUGGACGAGCUCCUGACCCGGCACAGGCAGCUGGAGGCAUCCUACAGGAAUGAGGGCCCCGAGCCAGACGUGAGCAGGUCCAGCCUCAUGGCAGGAGGGGCCAAGCGAGGCAGCACCAACCCCUGGCUCUUGGAAGAAUCGGAGCAGACCAGAGGACUUGGCUUUGAUGAGCUCAGGCAGCAGCAGAGAAGGAUCAUUGAAGAACAAGAUGCUGGACUGGAUGCUCUUUCUUCAAUCAUAUCCAGGCAGAAGCAGAUGGGGCAGGAGAUUGGCAAUGAGCUGGACGAGCAGAACGAGAUCAUCGAUGACCUGACGAGCCUGGUGGAGAGCACGGACGGCCGGCUGCGCAGCCAGACCCGCCACGUGCAGCUGGUGGAGAGGAAAUCCACGUCCUGCGGGAUGCUGGUGGUGAUCGUGCUGCUGCUCAUCGCCAUCGCCGUGGUCGCGCUCUGGCCCACGGGAUAACCCCGACCCCGCCGGAGCAGCUGCUCCAGGGGAGCCCCAGGGCUCGGGGAGGGACCCGCUGAGGGCAGGCAGUGAGCUCCAUCGUCGCUGGGAACAAGCUGCACGGCUGGGAAUGAACUCCAUGGCAGCAACAGGCAGCGUCCACCACGCAGCCGCCCUCCUGGGCCGAGGAGCUCGGCGGGGUCUGGAGGAUUCCAGCAGGAAAAGGAUUCCAUCCCUCUCACAGGAUUCCAUCCUGCUCACAGGAUUCCAUCCCUCUCACAGGAUUCCAUCCUGCUCACAGGAUUCCAUCCCUCUCACAGGGUUCCAUCCCUCUCACAGGGUUCCAUCCCUCUCACAGGAUUCCAUCCCUCUUAGAGGGUUCCAUCCCUCUCACAGGAUUCCAUCCCGCUCACAGGAUUCCAUCCCGCUCACAGGAUUUCAUCCCUCUCAGAGGGUUUCAUCCCUCUCACAGGAUUCCAUCCCUCUCACAGGAUUCCAUCCCUCUCACAGGAUUCCAUCCCUCUCACAGGGUUCCAUCCCACUCACAGGAUUCCAUCCCUCUCACAGGGUUCCAUCCCUCUCACAGGAUUCCAUCCCUCUCACAGGGUUCCAUCCCUCUCACAGGAUUCCAUCCCUCUCACAGGGUUCCAUCCCUCUCAGAGGGUUUCAUCCCUCUCACAGGGUUCCAUCCCUCUCACAGGAUUCCAUCCCUCUCACAGGGUUCCAUCCCGCUCUUCCCAGCUUCCCCUGGCCCUCGGGCAGCUGCAGCUGAGGGAUGGACCCAGCUCUCCCGUGUCUGGGGGCACGCUGCUGCUGCUGCUGCUGCCCUGCCCAUCUCGCUGGGCUCGGACAUCCCAGGGGCUCCGAGCACCACAACCCAGGAGUGUUUGGGGAACAGCAGCGCUCCCUGCUCUGGGAUCCCUCCCUCAGAGAGGAAAAGCCCUGUCCGAGGAGCGGCCUGGGGAGUGGCUGUCCCCGGGGUCCCCAGGAGGGGAAGGGACAGCCCUGCAGCACCCCCGGGGCUGAAUGGGGUUGCUGUGACUGGGUCAGUGCCCAGCCCCUGGGGGGCUAUGGGUGGGUUAUUGAUCUGUUGAUCUCCAGGGAUGGAGUUCUGGUGGGUUAUUGGUCUCCAGGGAUGGUUAUUGGUGGGUUAUUGAUCUCCAGGGAUGGUUAUUGGUGGGUUAUUGAUCUCCAGGGAUGGAGUUCUGGUGGGUUAUUGAUCUCCAGGGAUGGAGUUCUGGUGGGUUAUUGGUCUCCAGGGAUGGUUAUUUAUGAGUUAUUGGUCUCCAGGGAUGGAGUUCUGGUGGGUUAUUGAUCUCCAGGGAUGGAGUUCUGGUGGGUUAUUGAUCUCCAGGGAUGGGAAUUGAGCAGCAGCAGGACUGAGCCCAGCCUGUGGGAGUGGAGAGCUGUGCCCUGGUGUGCUCCCCAGGGCCCUGCCAGCCUGGCCUCGGGACAUGCACCACGAUGAAUGUCCUCACUGAGCUCUGGCUCUUCCUUGGACAGCUUCUCACACCCUUCUACAGCUGAGGGGAAGGAUUACCUAUUUCAGAACUAAUGCAAAAGAAGUAUUACAUGUUUGCUUCUGGCCAAGAGAAUAAUUAUUUUGUUACACAUCAGUUUGAUUUCAGGAUUAAUAGAGCAAGCAAUAAAUACUGAUUAAAGCUGAUCCAUUUUAUACA